AUGGCGUUUUCAGCUGAAUCGAUGUCAACGAACCAAGGUCACGAGCGAAAAUCAUCAAAUGACUUUUACUGCCCUACGCCACGAUACGCGCCGGGCGCACGCGGUUCGCUAGGCGCCGGGCGCACGCGGUUCGCUACGCGCCGGGCGCACGCGGAUCGCUACGCGCCGGGCGCACGAGGAACGCUACGCGCCUUGCGCUCCGGUCUGGUUCUGGUGAGGCAGCGAACUAACUACCCUCAGUUAGCCCUACCUUUGAGGGAUAUGACAAAUGACCUUGAGGACGUAAAUUCGACAUUAGCGUCACGAGGUGAUAACGGGUAUGAGAAGAAUAACCCCAGGUUAAUUUCCUUCUUCCUAUCGUGCCUUCUCGCCAUUGCGAUUUGCUGCGGACUGUCUGUUGCCGUAGUCAGUGGCAUCGCCUAUGGGUACAACUACUCAAUGGCCGAGUAUAUCACAUUCACGCGUUCUGAUAUCACCGUGUUUAUGAGGCGCGGAGCAUUCUCAAAUGCUGCUAGUCUAGCACCAAUAGAUAUGGGACUAAAAGAAAAAAAGCCAAGAAGAUCUGGCGGUAAUGAAGAGGAUUUAUUUAAUGGAACCGCUAGUGACUAUGAAGAUCAUAAACCACCAGCAGAAAGUAAGCCUCUAGCUGACACAUGGCUAAAGACUCAAGAUACAAGGAAGUAUGCAGAGAUCUUGACGAGGUACAAUCCAAACAAAAGGGCGGAGGUCCAGAGUGGGCCUGCUCGCGAAGUAGUACCUAUUCAGGGUGUUCAGCAAAACCAGCAACCAGUUAUUAGAGAACCACCUAUUCAGGAGCCAUCUCCUCAGGAACAGUCUUAUCGGGAUCAAAUUAUUCCUGUGCAGGGUCAACCAGGUGCUAUACAUUAUAGGCCAAGUCCUGACACUCCAGUUAUAUCCAUCAUGCCAAACCCUAUGAUUCCGACUGUCUCCUGGCGAAGCGGAUCUUCAGAAAUAAUGAUGAGAAACUUCCAACCAGUUCAAGAUCACACAUCGGGAAGCAAACACACAGAAAUGCCUGAGAACUUGUUCCCCAUCCCUGAUAAGUCUCUGGAUUCGGUAUCCAUCAUUGGCCUUAAGGAUCAGGCAAAAGAGUCUUCAAACGCAAAUCAACGUGAUGAUUUCCAUAAAAGUUACGUGCCGAUGCGAGUGUGGGGGACAACUGCUAGAGCUGUCAUCGCUGACGAGCCUGAAGAUGUGGAUGAGGAUAACGUUGUCUACAAGCCUGUAUAG